AUGGAACACAAUCAAUCUACAUCUCAUAGCGAUGAAACUGAGCGCCUUAAUAAAGCUGACGCAGCUUUCCAGAGCGGAGAUGGGAAUCAAAAUGGGCCUACACCUGAAGUUCAAGGGGAUAUCACGAACGAACGAGACGUCGGCCUGGUCGAGAAAGGCCAAAAACCACUAGAAACAUCAACAAGGGAUGAUUCCCAGCAAGACCCCAAAUUGGUGACAUGGAAUGGUCCGGAUGACCCCGAAAACCCCAAGAACUGGCCCAGGGAAAAGAAAUGGAUCACCAUGUCACUUGUCUCGCUAUUCACCUUCAUCUCCCCUGUAUCUUCGACGAUGAUAGCGCCUGCCUUGACACACAUCUCAUCUGAUUUACACAUUACAGCCGAAUUUCUCUCUGAACUUACUUUGUCCAGUUUCAUUCUUGCUUAUGCCUUCGGUCCGCUUUUCCUCGGUCCUCUUUCCGAAAAUUACGGCAGAGUCAUUGUCUUGCAAGUCGGGUAUUUGUUCUAUCUUGCUUUCAAUAUUGGUUGCGGAUUCGCGCAGACUACGGGGCAAAUGAUUGCUUUUCGAUUUCUCUCCGGAAUAGGUGGUAGUGUUCCGCUUGCUAUUGGCGGAGGAGUCCUCGGAGACACCUUUCGCCCUGAAGAUCGCGGCACGGCGAGUGCUGUCUACAGUAUGGCACCGCUGCUCGGCCCAGCCCUCGGCCCGAUUUUUGGUGGCUUCAUCGCUGAGAAGACCACCUGGCGAUGGGUCUUCUAUGCAACCUCCAUCGCAAUUGUAGUCCUUCAAAUUGCAGGACUAUUUGUUCUCCGUGAAACAUACCCUCCGCAUAUCCUCAAGAAACGGGCAAAAAGGAUUCGUGAAGAGACGGGCGAUGCCUCAUAUCAGACCGCAGAGGAACGACAGAAUAAGACUCUAGCUCAAGGUCUACGAACAUCGCUCACACGGCCCUUCCGCCUCCUUUUCACACAGCCUAUCAUUCAAGUCCUCGCUUUGUACAUGGCAUAUGUAUAUGGGCUUCAGUAUCUCAUGCUAUCGACCUUCCCUACCCUGUGGACUGACCCAGAGUAUUACGGCGAGUCCAUAGGUAUUGGGGGAUUGAAUUAUAUAUCCCUCGGACUAGGAGCCUUACUGGGCUCCCUCGUCGCCGCUCGUCUAAAUGACCGCACGUACGCCAGUCUUAAAGCCCGUAAUAACGGUGUAGGACGACCUGAGUUCCGACUGCCGUUGCUCGCUAUCACCAGCAUCUGCUGUCCAAUUGGUCUCUUCAUCUAUGGCUGGACAGCCCAGACUCAUCAACCCUGGAUAGCCCCUAACAUCGGCGCUUGUAUCUUUGGUGUGGCGAAUAUGAUGAGCUUCCAGUGCAUGCAGACCUACACCGUGGACACAUAUACAAAAUUUGCAGCCAGCGCAAUGGCUUCCGUAUCUGUUUUACGGUCUAUAUGUGCGUUUGCAUUCCCUUUAUUCGCCCCGUACUUGUAUGAUACCCUUCAUUACGGAUGGGGCAAUAGCCUACUGGCAUUCAUUUCGAUAGCGAUAGGUUUCCCAGCACCCAUCAUCCUUUGGAUAUUUGGUGAGAGAUUGCGAAGGGCCAGUCCAUACGCCGCUGGUUAG